AUGGCUGAUGCUCACACCGUGGAGCCUGAAAUUCCGUUUCGUUUCCUUGACCUUUCUGCAGAAUUGCGAAAUCAUGUGUACGCGUUCUGCCGGCCAAGCCGCAUCCACUGCAAUGCACCCAAAUCGAAUACCGAUUGCGUAGCAUCAAGUCUUGAGUCGAAUGGUCUGACAGUGAAUUUCGACGCGUUAAGCCUGGGCAACGACAACGAGCCAAGAUGGUGUACCAAAAGCCAUCAAAUCGGGUGGAGCAGCACUGGCAGCAACGAUGCUGGCUUAGAUUGCAAAACUGCUGCCUUGAGUUUUUUUCACUUCGCGCAUGUAUGCCGGAGAAUACGUGCCGAGUUUCGUCCAAUAUACCUGGCCGACACUGCUGUGCCGAUGAAUAGUGGACGGCUCACCUCUUAUCUCGACACCUUUUACCAGGGAUGGCAUGACAGUAACAUCGACAAAAGUGACUGGGCUGGUAAUAUCAACAUCGCGUCUUUGACCCCAUGGAUCGACAAUGGUGAGGACUUCUUACCAUAUAUUCGCUUGUUAUCGGAAGCUCCAGGAAUGCAUAUUAGUAUACCUAGAACCAACAACGAAAUAGGAGAGCAGAUCAGACGCCUUUUCAAAUUCAGAAGUUCCUGGUCUGGGUGGACAGACGGCAAGAUAGAGGAAGUGUCUCUUGUCGUCAAAGACGGCCAUGUAUAUCACCCUGACAUCCCGGAGUUCCAGGUGCUCUUCGGCAGGAAAUGUGUGCCGCCAUGGGCAUACGAUCAGCAGAUUGGUCCCGGAACUAUUGAAGUUAACAAGGAGGCUGCGACUGCGUUCUUGGAAAGUCUUGGUUUCCACGUAGAAGAAGAGGGAAUUUACUGGAUUUGGGCGGGAUUUCAGAAAGAGACCGAUCCAGUAGAAACAAUCUGGUGGGCCAUGAUGGGCUCCUGA